CCGCAGGGCCAUGAAGCUGCAGGCCGUGAUGGAGACGCUCCUGCAGCGCCAGCAACAGCAGCGGGCACGGCAGGAGCUGGAGGCCCGGCAGCAGGAGCCCCCCGAGCCCCCCGCCGCACCCCCAGCCCGGGCCCGGGCCGCCCCGGACGAGGACAGAGAGCCGGAGCACGCCCGGAUGCAGCGGGCACAAAUGGCCGCGCUGGCCGCCAUGCGGGCUGCCGCCGCCGGCCUGGGGCACCCGCCCAGCCCGGGAGGCUCCGAGGACCCCCCGGGCUCUGAGGACGAGGACCGGGCCCAGGAGGGGGCAGCGGGCUCACCCGCCCCGCCCGGCCGAGGCGGGGAAGGGCUCCCGGGGGCCGUGGGCUCCGACGACAACCUGAAGCCCAAGUGGGCCGACGAGGAGCUGGACGAGGAGCUGGGGGACGAGGACGAGGACGACUACGACGACGACGACGACGAGGAGGAGGACGAGGACGAGGAGGACGAGGGCCUGGGGCCCCCGGGCGCCACUGGGCUGGGCACCGCGGCCCUGUUCCCCCGCAAGGCCCCGGCGGCCCCGGCCCUGCGCGCUGACGGCCUCCCCAGGGCGCUGGGCGGGCAGGAGCGGCCGGGGCCCGGCCCGGCGCACCCUGCAGGCGCUGCCCACUCGGCGCCGCCGCUGCAGCCACCAGACCACGGGGACUGGACGUACGAGGAGCAGUUCAAGCAGCUGUACGAGCUGGAUGGAGACCCCAAGCGGAAGGAGUUCCUGGACGACCUGUUCAGCUUCAUGCAGAAGCGAGGGACGCCCGUGAACCGGAUCCCCAUCAUGGCCAAGCAGGUGCUGGACCUGUUUAUGCUGUACGUGCUGGUGACGGACAAGGGCGGCCUGGUGGAGGUCAUCAACCGGAAGCUGUGGCGGGAGAUCACCAAGGGCCUGAACCUGCCCACGUCCAUCACCAGCGCCGCCUUCACCCUGCGGACCCAGUACAUGAAGUACCUGUACCCCUACGAGUGUGAGAAGCGGGGCCUGAGCAGCCCCAGUGAGCUCCAGGCCGCCAUCGACAGCAACCGGCGCGAGGGCCGGCGCCAGGGCUUCGGGGGCUCCCUCUUCGCCUACUCGCCCAAGCUGCCCGUGUCCUCCCUGGGCCUGGCCACCAGCACCAACGGCAGCCCCAUCGCCCCGGCCCCCAAGAUCAAGAAAGAGGAGGACUCGGCCAUCCCCAUCUCGGUGCCCGGCCGCCUGCCCGUGUCCCUGGCGGGCCACCCGGUGGUGGCGGCCCAGGCAGCGGCGGUGCAGGCGGCAGCGGCCCAGGCGGCCGUGGCGGCCCAGGCGGCGGCGCUGGAGCAGCUGCGGGAGAAGCUGGAGUGCGGGGAGCCCCCCGAGAAGAAGAUGGCGCUGGUGGCCGACGAGCAGCAGCGGCUCAUGCAGCGCGCCCUGCAGCAGAACUUCCUGGCCAUGACCGCCCAGCUGCCCAUGAGCAUCCGCAUCAGCAGCCAAGCCUCGGAGAGCCGCCAGGACCCAGCCGUGAACCUGACGGGCGCCAACGGCAGCAACAGCAUCAGCAUGUCGGUGGAGAUCAACGGCAUCAUGUACACAGGAGUGCUGUUCGCGCAACCGCCGGCCCCCGUGGCGCCCUCGGCCCCCAGCAAAGGCGGCGGCGGCGGCGGCCGGGGCGCAGCCGGCGGGACCAGCGGCGCUGCGGGCGGGCCUGCGGGGCCUGCGGGGCCUGGGGGGCUGCCCGCACCCGCCACCUCUUCUACCUCAAGUAAUUCGUUGCCUUAACCGCGUUGCCCUGCGCCCGCCGCCCUCGCUCUGCCCCUCGGGCCAGGACGGAGCCACAGCUGACGCCAAAAAGGAGAGAGAAUAUAUACAAAUAGAGUUUAAUAAAACGGGAAAGCAGGCCCACGUGAAUGUCUCAGGUUUCGGAGCCCAGCAGAGCGAGGACCGGCGGCCCGGCCACCUCGUCCGUCCAGCGCGCAGCGUGACCAGCGUCUCCCCGCGCUCGCUCACGCGGCCGGUGCGGGACGCCCCGAGCCGCGAACACGCGCCCAGUUGUUGCUUGGGAACUACUUUCUUCUUCUCAUUUUUUUUUUUUAAAGAAAUAGCAACGUUCAAACUCUAGGGUUUUAAGAGGUUGUGGGGUCUGCUUUGUAAAUAUUUUAUUCGGGUCAAGCCUUAGGAAGAGGGUAUCUAUAUAUCUAUAUAUCUCUAUAUUUGUGUGCGCCCAGGGACAGACCCGCAGCUCGCACCGUGCGCCCCGCGCCGACUCAGGGACAAUGGAGGGGGCGUCGUGGGGCCGGGCCCAGCUCAGGGCGAGGGGCGGGGCCGCGGCGCCCCGAGCUCCCGCACCCCGACUUUCUCACGCCUCCUCCCCGCGCCCCAUGCCGUGGCCCCGGAACCCGUGCCUCCGGAGCGUCUCAGGGCCCCGGGGGUCUCCCUCCACCCGCCGCAGCACAAUCAUCCUAGAAACGGGGGUCGCCCCAGACCCCGCCUCGCCGGCGGCCCCCCACCUGGCCGCGGGGGCUGUGUCCGCUGCACAUUUCUACCUCAGGUCUGACUUUGAUGCCAAAAACUGCGCCCGCCCGCCGCGCUCCGCGCCUCCCUGGGAGGUUGGGCGCGGGGGUGGCGCGUGUCACAUGUCACUGGGUGUGUGUGUGUGUGUUCCUGUGUGCGUGUUGGGGACUGGCGCGCCUGUGCUGUGCGCGCCGUCCAGCCCGGGGUGUCCAGGGCUGGAUUCUACUCAGGGGACCUGGCCUGCUGUAACGGCUCCCGGGGCGCCCGGCUGACCGCAGCCGCUGGGCCAGGGGCCGGGCCGCCGGAGCCCCUGCAGGUGCAAGGGUGGGGGUCCUCCGCUCUGCCUCAGGGGCCCCCACCCAGUGCCCCCACCUCCAGGUCCUGGCCACGCCCUGCUGCUGGGGGCUCUGGGUGGCAGCUUCCUGGGGUGCGGCUCAGCGCCCCUCUGUUAGCCCGGCUAGGGGAGGGGCAGUGCCUUGGCCACCAGGACCCUGGGCAGAACCAUGGGGCUCCCCACAAAACUCAGGGCGAAGAGGGCUUGUGGGAACCCCUGCUCUGACUGCUUCUAGAAUCUUCUGUAACCGCUGAGGGGCCGGGCGGCGCGCGCUCCGCUGCGGAGAGCCCCGCCCAUGCAGGCCCACUGCGCUCCUCGCCUGGCUCUUUUUUUUUUCCCCGAGUUUUCUUUUUUCUUUUGCUUUUUUUCUUUUUCUUGGCACACACAAAUUCAGCCUGCAUUCUCGAUCCCGUAAAAUUUCAGUUCCUCCGGGGUCUUUGUCCGGUGGCGUGGGGACCACGUCUGAACUCAGGUAAAAGGAAAAAAAAAAACUUUAAAAAAAGGUGAACCUGCUCUACCUCCGGCCGGGCCCGGCCCCGCCCCGCCCCGCCCCGCCCCACCCCUAAGGAUUUCAGUCUGCAGAACAUUAAGGUGUUAAAGGCAAAAAAGACAAAAAGACCAAAAAAAAAAAAAAAGUGUGAUUUUGAGACUUAAAGAACACUGAAAGUUUACAUUUUAUAACAUUAUUCAGAUUGUAUUUAAGCUCCAGAAAUAUUUAAGACAAUUGUAACCCUGUAAAGCUGAUGAGAUAUUAAACGAGACACUUCUG